AGAAAAAGAACCUAAAAAAACGCCCAGUUCCUCGUUCCCCUUCCCGGCGUCGGAGGCGGCGACGUGGAGGAGGAGGUCAGCGUGCGGCGCCAUGGAUCAGAACAACUUCCCAGCGGUCUGGGCAGCCGUUGGUCCUGGUGUUUCCGGCGCAGUCUUCGGCGCGGCCUGGUUGUUCUGGGUCGACGCCGUCGUCUGCAGCGCCGCCGCCGUCCCUUUCCUCCACUACCUUCCCGGGCUCUUCGCAUCGUUGGCCGCGCUCAUGUUCAAUUGUGUCAAGAGGGAGGACAUCAAUGACAACUACUACUCGCCCUACGACGACUCUGAGUGGAGGUUGAAACUGUGGCUUUUCAUUUCAUAUGUGGUGUCUUUUGUUUCAUUGGCUGCGGCUGUUGGUUUUUUGGUCCAAGAUGCUCUUACAUAUACAGGCCCAUCUAUAUGGACUGGCAUUGCUGGUGUUCUACAAACUGUGUUCGUGCUAAUAAGUGGGUUGAUCUACUGGACUUGUCAUUCUGAAGAUUGACUUAACAGCAAGAAACAUGAGGUCUGUAGAGGUGAGCUGGGUACAAGCUUCUUGGUGGAAUAUGCUGAAGAACCAUAUCUUGGAUAAUUGUUUUGCCCAGAUCUUGGUAUAUCUGUAAAUACAAUGAAAUUAGUUUUGACGGUGUUAUUUUUAGUUAAAAUACCUUUGGUAGUUGAUAAUGGCAGUAAAAUUAAAUUGUUUUAUUCCCCCAUAA